AUGACCGUAUACACGGAGAACAUAGCGAAAAAGACCCUGUCUGAAUAUUCUAACUUCACAAUGUCCGAUAAUAGAGAUGGGACGGAGUUGUUGUGGGCGGUCGACGAUAAUUAUGAGAAUCGUAACACGGAUCGUCUUCAAUCUGAACGCAAUCAAGACGACGGCGUCCUGGCAUCGCACAUGUCCGAUAACAUGAGCCAAGGUUAUUUCUUGGAGCAGCGCAAAGGCAACGAUUCGACUAGCUUUAGUGAAUACUACUUGAGGGAGUGGGAGAUGGAGGCGAUGCAUAAACUGAGCAUGCGUCAAAACCAGCCAGUAUCCGCACCCGAACCUGACUGGUCACCAGCUCCGCCAGAAGCGUUUGAAAUUGGUCGAGAAUUUUCUUUUGAUGGUUACGACGACAUUGAAUGCGAACUAUCUAGAGACCUCAAUAACAUGGGACUUAAUAACAGGCCGAGGCUCCCAGCACCUCGCCCUCCAAAUCAACAAUAUUAUCUAUUCGACGUGUCAUCGAAUGAAGACGGCGAAGACUAUGUUUUAUCAGAAGAUUCCUUUUCUUACAAAGAACUGGACACAACUUACUCUCCUUAA